CACACCCCAACCGGUUCCCCCGGCGGACGAGAAGAAUGCGGCGACGGAGUAGGAGACAACUUGUCAGGGAGGCGAGGGGAGAUCGAAAUCAAAUUACUUGACUGUUCCUAGACGAGAAGAUUUAUCCACCUUUGUAUUUUGGUAUAAGGAUAACGUUCCCAUUCACAUGAAUGCUAGAGUAACUAAGCUUGCUUCUAAUACUUCGUUGGAUCAUUCUCUAUGCAUAUAUCGCUUGAGGAUUGAAGAUACUGGACAUUAUUUGUGUAUUGAAACUACCAUAGGUAAUCAAGGGACGUUAUUAGCUGGACAUCAAAUUACGGUCGUAAAGACUGUCACAGGACUACAAUUUCCUGCUUUUAUGGCUUCUGAAUUCCCGCAGUUUGAUUUUCCUGUUUGUAAUGAUACAUGGACUAAAGCCUCUGUCUGGUGUACUUUAGAUUAUGAUAAUGGCACCAUACUAGUUUCUUCUGUCCCCGUUAAUAAUAACAGCCUUGUUUUUUACAAGCAAUGGGAAUUCUGGAAACUUGCCUUAUCCUUUUCUUAUAGACCGGUGAUUACUUGCGUCGCUCCUCCUUAUGCUUUAUUGAUUGGAGAUUUAAUUGUAGAAAACACUAUGAAUCCUAUAGGUUAUAAUAUUACUUGUGUUAAUUGUAUCUUUAGUAGUUGUGUUUUGCCCGUUAAAGGAUCUACAUCUGUUAUGAUUAUGAAGCAACCUUCUUAUGUAAUGUUACCUGUUAAUUUGUCUGAACCAUGGUAUCAUAACACUGGCAUGCAAGCCUGGCUGGAAUUGACUGAAGCAUUAAAACGACCAAAGAGAUUUAUAGGUGUUCUAAUAUGUGCAAUCCUAGCCUUAGCAGCUUUAACUGCUACUGCGGCCACUGCUGGGAUUGCUCUUUCACAAACUAUUCACCAGGCUCAUUAUGUUAAUCAGUUAUCUAAAAAUACUAGUGUAGCAUUAGCCCUACAAAGUCAUAUUGAUACCCAACUAAAAACGGAAGUAGAUGAAUUAAAAAAUGUUCUAAUAGGAAUAGGGGAUCAAGUUAUGGCUUUAAAAUUAAAAAUGCGUUUGAUUUGUCAUGCCAAAUAUACCUGGAUUUGUGUAACUCAACAUUUAUAUAAUGAUUCACAAUGGGAUUGGGAAAAAGUAAAAAUGCAUAUAUUAAGUGUAUGGACUGAUGGACACAUUAGCCUUGAUAUUCAAAAGUUAAAUGCCGAAAUACGAGCUAUUCAAGAGGCCCACCUGGACGAAGAUGGACCCCAGAAUUUGAUUCAAGGAUUAUUAGAUCAACUACAAGGGCUAAAUCCGAUACAAUGGAUUCAUGGAGGGCUCUCAGUGGAGCGGCCAUUUCCUGUUUCUCUGCAGUUUUCCCCAGCUUUGGGUGGUGGCUGCUGCUGGGCUCCGGCUUCCCAUCGGCGGAGGGCAAGGCGGCGUGGACAGCGGCCCCGGCACCCCGCGCCCCGCCGCCCGCAGCCGCGCGCCCGCCCGCCCGCCGCGCCCCGAGCUCUCCGCUCCUCGCCUCAGCGCCCGGCCGCCGCCGCCGCGGCCCAGAGAGCGGCCCAGAUGCAGGCCAUCAAGUGUGUGGUGGUGGGAGACGGAGCUGUAGGUAAAACUUGCCUCCUGAUCAGUUACACGACCAAUGCCUUUCCUGGAGAGUAUAUCCCCACUGUCUUUGACAACUAUUCUGCCAAUGUUAUGGUGGAUGGAAAACCGGUGAAUCUGGGCUUGUGGGAUACGGCUGGACAAGAAGAUUAUGACCGAUUGCGCCCCCUCUCCUAUCCGCAGACGGAUGUAUUCUUGAUUUGCUUUUCUCUUGUGAGUCCUGCAUCAUUUGAAAAUGUUCGUGCAAAGUGGUACCCCGAAGUGCGACACCACUGUCCCAACACUCCUAUCAUCCUGGUGGGGACGAAACUUGAUCUGAGGGAUGAUAAAGACACGAUUGAGAAACUGAAGGAGAAGAAGCUGACGCCCAUCACCUACCCGCAGGGCUUGGCCAUGGCCAAGGAGAUCGGUGCCGUCAAAUACCUGGAGUGCUCGGCGCUCACGCAGCGAGGUCUCAAGACGGUGUUUGAUGAAGCUAUCCGGGCGGUUCUCUGCCCGCCCCCCGUCAAGAAGAGGAAGAGAAAAUGCCUGCUGUUGUGAAUGUCCGGGCCCCCCCACCGCCUGUCCCGUCCCCCAGGACCCUUUGUACGCUUUGCUCAAACGGUGGAGCCUUCGCACUCAAUGCCAAGUUUUUGUUACAGAUCAGUUUUUCCAUAAAACCGUUUUGAACCAAUCAGUAAUUUCUAGGUUUUGUUUGUUUAAAGUGUAAGAGUUCAAACUUUCACAUUCUAUUAAAGUUUAGCCCUAAAAUGACAAGCUUCCUUAAAGCCUUAUUUUUCAAAGCCCCUAUUCUUGCUCAGAUUAAGAGUUGCCAAAAUACCUUGUGAACUAAGUUGCAUUGUUGGGCUAAGAACACUAAGCACUAAACUGUUCAAAGACCUUUGUCUGGAAGAGACUAGCUGCUGAGGCAGGAGAUGCAGACGCUCGCUAAUGAGUUUCAGACGAAGAGCAGUACAGCCUCCUUCCUGAAACGUUGCCAUUUAAUGCAUCCUGAUUGGCCAGCCCACGUUCCCUACCUAACACUGUACAUCAUAACGAACGAGUGUAACAGCUCAGCUCUUUGGAUCAAUCUUUUUGGUUUCGUAGUGAGAUUUUUAAAACAAAUUAGUGUAUUAGGUUUUGUGAGAUUUGGAACAGAGCUCUUACUCCCGUGCUCCCUCCCAUGAAGCGUUCUGCUCUGGCCGUGGGUGCGCCGGGUGGCGUGUGUGGAACCCUUGUGAUCCGAGGAUGAAGACAGUAUUUUAACAAAAUAUGGAGAUUAAUUUACACUACAUUGUAUACGUAAUAAUUAAACUAUUAAAAGUGUCACGGGUAAACGUUUUAAAAGGUUAAUUUCUGUCAAAUGCAGUAGAUGAUGAAGAAAGGUCGGUAUUAUCAGUAAGUGUUUUCUUAAGCUUUUCCUUUUCCUUAAACGUGCCCAUCCCUCCUGAAAGUGGGCAUUUAAUCCAUCUUUGACCUCAUCAUUUUCAUAGUUGCUAACUUAGUAAGUGCUUUUCUUAUAGAACCCCUUCUUAAUGAGCAAUAUGCCUCCUUGUAUUAUAAAAUCGUUCUGAAUAUGCAUUAGAAAAAUUUUUUUGUAGAUUAGUAAAAGUGCAUUCCUGUUUUCAUGUUACCUUAUCCAAAGCUAGUAAGUGCUUUCCUUGGUUUUCUAGUAACUAGGUGUAAAAAUCCUAUGUUGCAGCUUUACAGUUUUUAAAAUACUUAGAUAUUCUUAAACUGUAAACCCUGCCGGAUGACCGACCCUGCACCUGGACUAACAACACUGCCUCCUCUUGCCUCACAGCGUGCACACGCUUCCUGUCCUUGCCCUAACGAUGUCCCUUGGGGUCUGUGAGGUUCUGUCAACCCUGUGCUCGUGCUAACGAAGUUCUGUACAACUUACCCACUGGCAAGAAUACGAGCUUGGACCUUUCAACCACUAGAACAAAAUUUUUUAAAUUGACAGUUGCAGAAUUGUGGAGUGUUUUUACAUUGAUCUUUUGCUAAUGCGAUUAGCAGUAUGUUUUGCAUGUAUGACUUAAUAAAUCCUUGAAUCAUGA